AUGGUCGUGUCUUCCAGAUCGAGUAUGCCGCCAAGGCUGUCGACAACAAUUUGUAGCUUUAAUUUUACUGGAAAUAUUGCUGGUCCUCUCAAUCCUUCAGGUGUGGAGAAGCUUAUUGCAUCAAAGAUGAUGCUACCAGGUUCCAACCGGAGAAUCCAUUCGGUUCAUCGUCAUGCUGGCAUGGCUGUUGCUGGGCUUGCAGCUGAUGGGAGGCAAAUUGUUGCACGGGCCAAAUCUGAAGCGAGAAGUUAUGAGAGUGUUUACGGCGAAGCUGUACCUGUGAAGGAACUUUCAGAGCGUGUUGCAAGUUAUGUGCACUUAUGUACCUUGUAUUGGUGGCUAAGGCCAUUUGGCUGUGGGGUCAUUCUUGGAGGUUAUGAUCGAGAUGGACCCCAAUUAUACAUGAUUGAACCCUCGGGCAUAUCAUAUAGAUAUUUUGGUGCAGCAAUUGGCAAAGGAAAACAAGCUGCUAAAACGGAAAUUGAGAAAUUGAAAUUAUCUGAGAUGACAUGCAAAGAAGGCGUUAUUGAGGUGGCGAAAAUCAUUUACAAGCUACACGAUGAAGCCAAAGACAAGGCCUUUGAAUUGGAGAUGAGUUGGAUAUGCGAGGAGUCGAAACGAGAGCAUCAGAAGGUCCCUGAUGAUCUUUUGGAAGAAGCAAAGACGGCAGCUAAAACUGCGCUCGAGGAGAUGGAUGCAGACUAA